AUGGGCUCAAGACACGGGGCCAUUAGCAUUACAGGGAGGGAGGCUUUAACUUCGAGUCGCACAUCACGCUCCACGGCUGCAAGUGUCUGGUUACCUCAGCAAGUUAACAUUAGCUCCAACGACAGCGCAGUAACGGUCAAGUUUGACGUGGCGCAACCAGAACUGAAGAUCGACCGUUAUCGCGUUCUAUUAUAUGUCAGAGGAGCAAAAUGGGCCCACAACGAUGUGUACCAUAAUUCUAGUAAUGUCGUGCAGCCGACGAAAGGUGGACCAUACUUUGGCUGGACUGAGUUCACUGAUUUACACCCUGGCAACUACUGUUUGAAGAUACUCGCAAAACCGACCAGAUCGCCUGUGUGUCACACUGACGGAGGCAUUGUUAAUUCGUGCAGAAUAACAAGGUGUCACAAUUUCAGCGUUUCUUUAGCCGACACCAGGCCCAGCAAAGACACGAUCACUGGAGUAUCAAGCACGUUUAUGCCAAUGCCGACAUACACUCCAUCCACAGGCCUUCACACCGUGGCUGGUACUGCAACGGCUACACAGCAACGAAAUACCGUGGGAUGGUACCUCGGAAUCACCUUGGCCAUGGUGGUUUGUGUCGUAGUGCUUCUCUGCUUGUACAUCAAGCGGAUCAAAAAGAAACGAAGAAUUGACAUCGGUUCCAAUGAUCAACUCGAGGAAACUCCGAAUAAUAUGAACAAUAGAACAUUGCGUACUGAAUCAUCAUGCCGUCAGCAAUGUAACCCACGGCAGCAGUCUUUGAAUGACGUAGGCCUGCCGCAAGAACCAAGCUGGCAGGCCAGUAUGGGGACAGUGGAGGGCCCAGCCAGCCAUAGUACAGACACAUCGAAAGCGCAACACGAGAAAGCAUGGCAAGGUAUCUGUCCAAACCAGGCAAAUCAAUGGCCACUAUUGAGAUCACACUUUCCUGAUGCCGGCUUUCCUCAAUCCCCCUGGGCCGGGGAAAUGUCCGGUGAAGUCGAUGAUGCCAACAUGAGACAACCGGAGUCGGUCCGAAUGACCAAAGAUCCAAAGUUGAAUAGAGAGGGUGUUCCCAAUCAUGCCAAGGGCGUGGACGGCACCCAUGGAAACACAGCGUGUACUCCAAGAUACCAAGGUACUGGAUUACAUAGAAUCUCGCAUACGAAUUGGAGCGAGGCAAUAAGUGGAGAUGUCGGUCAGACGUCCUGUGGGGGGGUCAGUGGUGUCUUUCAUUCACACGGCGUGUCAUCCGUAAAGUCCCGGUCAAAACUAGACCUGUACGAGCUACUUGCUCCUUCCAGGUCAAGCAUCGCUUCAUCCCAGUUCACAGAAAUCUGGAACGCCUUCAAUUCAAUACAACCAGCGGAUGUGAGCACUUCCAACUCCCAGUCCAGCUCUCGUCUCCUCAAGCAAGAUCUCUUGGUAAGGUCCUGUCCCUCGUUGAUGGAGGCCUUGAGCAUUCAGUCGACUGGAAGUUCUUGUGGCCCAUCUGACAUGACGGAUGCAGAUUACUCAGAUAACACGGUGGUGUUAGGCGCACCCAAUCUCACAACUGAAAUAUGAGUUUUUAAUCUUGGUCGUAUAAUAUUUCACAUGGUAUGGGAAAACAAUUCUUAUAACAUCUACAUCACAUGAUUUUCGAAUAUGAGGGGCAUUUAAUUUUAAGUGUCAUUUGUACUCCCUUGUUUUCCAAAAAAAAAAGGAAGCGAUGGUAGGGGUGGGAACUGGACACAGACAUUUGCUUGGUGGGUACGUGGAAGGGCCGUUGACCGGCGUAUUUUUUUUCCCAAGGAGGGCCUAGGGAUGGGGCCAAGUCAUACAUAAUUCAGUUUUUCCUUGGAAUCAUU